AUGGCCAACACUUGGAAAACUGAUAGUCCUCUGGGCAUGGCUUCUAGCAAAGCUAAGACCGUAGCUGAUUUGGGAUAUUCUAUACAGUGUCCAAUGCCAAGCACUAUGACACUAUCUGCUAGUACAGUUCUGGCAACAGAUUCUGGAACUAAGUUAUCUGUUGUGCAAGAUUCUUAUCAUUUGAAUGACUAUGGUCAUUGUGCUGAUACCGAGUAUAUGAAUGCGACUCAUGUAGCUCGACAAGAUGCGUUAACUUCAGCGAAGCAGUUAUACCUAUCUCUGAUGUCCGGUGACCCAACCUUGUACAAGGCAUGCAAGGGGUCAUCUAUAUUGGUUAGUGAUGUGGUCAAUUCACAUGAAAAUUGGCACUUACAUGAAUGCUGCAGCAUCGCAACCAGAACGGUACUUGUCUCGAAAAGACUCAUGGAAUAUGGUGAAGGUCUUUCUGAAUACAAUGAUCGAAAUUUGAAGAAGCAUAAGAAUAACUCCUACUCAGGCAAUGCCGGUCUUGGUCCAUUGUUGCCAAGUGCUGCAAUCGAGAAUCUUAAACAAUCUGCAAGUACAGCUGCACUCGCAAAAUGUGACACCAAGUUAUCACAUGUGGAAAGUUUGGAUCAGAUUAAGAAUCAUGGUCGUUGCUCUACUGACAUCGAGCGCACACAUGUGAUAUAUCAGGCUACUCAAGACCCGCUGACAUCAGCUAACCAAUCUUCCUAUCUUGAGAACUAUGGUUGCUCAACCUUGUUAAAAUCAUCUAUUCUGGUUACUGAUGAGGCCACUAAACAUGAAAUCUUUCAUGUGGAUGAAAACAAUACAGUUGCAAUGAAACUUAUACAUACAUCUAAGAGAAAACUGGAGCAGAGCGUUGGUAAUCCUGAAUACACCAAUGGGAUUUUGAAGAAACGUCAAAAGUACUGUUGCACAGUGCAUGAAGUGAUAAUUCCUGAUCAUUUGAAAGUAACAAACACAGAAUGUGUCGAUUUGAGCUCUCUCAUUGUUGGAUCUGGAGCAUUUUUUGGGCUCCUCCCACACAAGGCCACUGAUAGCAAUGUGGAAUUGUCUAUUCACGAGGAACCUGCAACGUUAAAUCAAAUGUAUGCAAGGGAUGAAAAUCAGGGCAUGGCCUUGCACUCGGCGACAAAUGGAAUUCUUGAUGUCAAGAUGGGAACUAACAAGGAGAAUGGCAACUCACCUUCUGUUUCACAGGCUGCUGAGCUGGCACAUGAAAUACUUGACUCAUUCGGUCGUCAGUAUGAUGUGACUUCGCUUCCAAGUGAUACAUAUUCAAAUGUGAGCACAUCAAAGGUGCAGUUCACUGUGAAGCUCGCUGGAUAUUCUUUAUCAUCGCAGGAAGACUUGGCGCUGCAAAAAUUUUCGCUCACCGACUGUUGCUCAUCUCUUCCGACGAGUCCCUGUCCGUCGAGGGGCGGUCUUCUCAUUCCGGCGAUUCACAAUCUGUUGCUAUUCCCAUUUCCGCUGCUCAGGCUGCUGCUCUUCCCCGGCGCCGUUGCUCAUCCCCGAUCUAAAGGCAACAAGGCAGACGAUGAAAAUCAUAACGAGAUUAAGGAGGGUAUUAACGAUGUGCCCGAUCGCAGGCAAAAGACUGGAUGGGAAUGGGAGGCCGCACCCGGCCCCCUGCUUGUUAGCCUCCUCCGGGCGAGCGAGCGUCCUGCAGCUGCGGUGCUGCCUCGCGCUAGCUAG